GCAUGAUCAAUUUAGUGAGAAAAACUGUUAAGAUGAUCUUAAAUGCUACUCGAUUUCAGACAUUUAAAGUGAAAACUCUAGUUGAAAUGAAGCCGACAACUUCCAAAGUUUAUAUCGAUGAUCAUACACCAGAUCGUCCUCAAAUCCCAUUUUAUUACACUACCAGAAAAUCUCGAUCUGCGGCUGAUAUAUUGUCAACUUGCUCUCAAAAGGAUGAUUAUUACCUAUAUCAAGAAGUUAGAUUUCGUCGCGAUGAAGCCAGUAAAUCAAUUGUAAUGAAGUCGAACUAUGAUUAUAAUCCGAAAAAUGGAGAUGAAUUAAAAUUAAAAAGAGGAUCAACUAUAAGAGUAUUACGUAGAGAUUGUGACGACGGUUGGUGGUAUGGUGAAACUGAAGAUGGUCGAAAAGGAUUUUUUCCUCAAAAUCACGUUCAGCUAGCACCUGGUAAAGUUAAUGAAAUAAAUAAUGACGAGUUGCAAUAUACGGGUCUACUCGGUUCUGGUGGAUUUUGUGUUGUCAAAUCUGCUAUUUAUAAAAACAAAAAUGUAGCCGUUAAAAUUCCCCACUCGAAGUUCAGUGAAAAGGAGAUUCGUCAAGCUGUACAAGAAGAAGCUAGCAUUUUUCAAAUGCUUAGCCAUGAAAAUAUUGUAGAAAUGUAUGGAGUGCUUGUUGGUGCGAAGUUCGGCUUAGUUUUCGAACUUUGUUGUGAUUCAUUAUCCAGUGUUUGUUCGAGUUCGAAAGAUAUCUUAUUAUCGGAAGAAAUAAUCAGUUACUGGGGCUUACAGAUCGCACAGGGAAUGAAAUAUUUGCAUGAUCUCAAUGUUAUUCAUCGUGAUUUAAAGGCUGCAAAUGUUUUGAUCAAAGAAAAGGUUUGCGAAUGUUUAUUAAGUAUGCGUCCCAAUAUAACGGAGCAAGUCGCUCAUUCAAUGAAAUCGGACGAUGGUGUUUGUUAUAAAUGUGGUGGAUCAGCACUCAAUCGACUUACAUUGAAAAUAGCUGAUCUUGGGCUGUCUAAGAGAAUUCAGGUCACAGAUUGCAGCUUUGUUAAUAGGAUGAGUGUGGUCGGCACUGUUCCCUAUUUGGCUCCAGAAGUGAUUCGUGAUAGGAAAUGUUCUAAAGCAAUGGAUGUAUGGAGUUUCGGUCUCGUUUUAUGGGAAGUGCUAACAGGAGCUGUCCCUUUUGAAGGUCUUGGUCAAGGAGCUGUUCAAUUGCAGAUCGGUACAUUUGUCAAACAAAAAAUCCCUUCUUCAUGUCCUCCAGAUCUGAAGUAUAUAAUUGAUUGGUGUUGGAUGGACGAUCCACAGCAGAGACCUACAUUCAAAGAGUUAACUGUUCAAUUCAAGAAAUUCGGCGAGAAAUUCAAAACUAUCGAUCUUCAUGACCAAAAAUUUUUGGAAAAUAGUAUGAAUACUCUUCGCAAAAGUAUGAUGGAAGAAAUUGCCGCGAUUGCUGAUGAAAUGAUGAAAAAAGCAAAUGAACUUCAAAAGCGUGAAGAAAAGUUCGAAUACUAUCGGUUGAACGCUUUAUGUUUAAAUUAUUUCUUUAAAUCACUUUCAAGCUUGAAAAAGGGCGAGCGAGAGCUGAAACUAAAUCAAAUGAUAUUUGAACUGCAACAGACUCUUUCAAGAGAAGCACCGAAAGAGAAACCUCAGCCACCGAAAAGGCGUCCCCAUUUAAAAUGUUCGGAUAUUUCGGAGCCGUUCGAUUGUAAAACGGAAAUUUCACUCACAAAAGAUUUGCAGAUGAUAAAAUUUGUAAUGAUAUUUAGCAUGCCGUCAUAUCCAUUUCAUUAUCAUGAAGAGGCUAGCAUCAUAGUUGUGAUGUGUUGUGUUUGUAUUGUUAUUUCAGCUCCCAACGGAGAACGUUCUUCUUCCACAUCCAAUGGGAUUUCAAAUUCUGAUGAGCAGUAUUCUGAAUGUGUCAUGUCAGGGUUCGCUACUCUUCCUAGGACACCGAAGAAAUUAUCUUUUCCGACAGAGACACAUGAAUUCUGUUUUCCUCCGAAGGUAGAUUCAAAAAUUCCUUCGAAGAGUCAGCCAGAUCUUGUAAAGUUAUAUCGGCAGCGAAUUAAUAUCAACAAUAUUAGUCCGACAAAUUCGAACUGUAACACUCUUCAUCGUGUGAAUGCAUGUAGGCAUAAAAAGGAACGUACUCGUGAUUUGGAUAGAGCAGAUUAUGUAGAUGAAGAAUGUAUUGUGGUGGUCAGUGAUGCAGAUCUGGAAGAAAGUCUUCAAGAAAAAGACGAUUGCCGUCAAUCUUCUAUUGACCACUUAGCAACACCUCGUCGUGUCCAAAUGAAUUUAUCUUCUCGGAACAAUAACCACGCUAGGUCUGUUAUCACUACAGAGAAAAAUUCUGGAUCAAAAGGAAGCGAUGACGACAAACGAUUCUUCCGAAAUUUUUUCAAAUUAAUGGAUAAGUCUCCCAAUAGAAGUGGAACGUGGUCCUUGCCGCGACCAACUAUAAUGGCAGUUCCUCUAGGGUCAACUACUGUUGGCUCGAGCAUUAUAUCUAAGUCACUCGUCACCUCUAAAUACCAAGGAACAUUUGCGAAAAAUACGAAAUCUAAUGGAAAAAAGACCACAGUUAAGCCGAAAAAGAAAUCGAAGCAAUCUGCACAAGAAAAGGAUAAGGAAAAAGAUAAAUUUGUUCUAACCAAGAAUUCCAGAAUUUUUGUGAAACCUAAUUCUGGCGAACGUCGAAUGAGUUUGGUUUCAUCUGUUGCCAAUACUUUUCGAAAUUCUAAUUAUUUGGCGUGCGAUGACUCAUCUAAUAAUAAUUUGCGGGUAGAUGAACCAUAUGAAAAGUUAUCUGACGCUUCUGAUGGUUCUUUACUUGAAAAUCCAUCUUAUAUUCCACCCAGUUCUUAUCUUCGCGGCCGCGCAUCAACAUCGGAUAUAUCGAUGUGGAGCAGUAGGCCUAUAACAUCCUCAAGAAGUCAGUCAUCUAGUCAAACAUCUUUCGAUGAUCCAGUGCCUUGUUCUUCCUUUGGUAUCAUUGAAAACUUAUCAUAUAGGCCGCCAUCUGAUAUGAAACUGCGAAUACCUACAUCAACGCCCAGUAAUAUUUUUUUAAUGUCUUUGUUUUUCUUCUAA